GCCCAAGACCCUAUACAUGGGUCGUAUCACAGGCAGUGCAAGCAUUGACACACUGGUCAGAGUGGGGCUUGAGAAACAGCAUGGGCUUAGUCCAGAUUCCAGGAUGCUCGUAAUACAGGAUUUUCUGGGAACCGGUGACGGAGAGUUGAGCGCACAGACGGGGGACUCCGUCUACCUGCUCUAUCGCGAGAACGACUGGGUCUACGUCAUUACCGAACUGGGACAGGAGGGGUUCCUCCCCUUUAUCUGCGUCACACCGUCCAAUGACGUCACAGGUCCCACGAACAAGUCACGUCACCAGAAAGGCCGCUCACUCGAUCGAAGGGACGGAGGUGUGAGUGACGACAGCUUGCAGGGCGAAGAAGGAAGCGACUCGUCGCUGUCUAGGGGCCAUCAUCCUGGGACGCCAUCGGUGUUUCCUAGCAACCUGUCAAACCCGCUGCCCAAACCAGCACGAACGUUAAACGUCCCGGAUGUUGUCUCCACCAAUAACUACGUCCAGCAUCCUCCAGUUUCAGACAUAAACAGAGGGAAAAAAUCACCCAAACGGCAGUCGUUGUCUGCCGACCCACACCGCAAGGCGUCUCGCAAAAGCGCCAACUCAGACUCGGUGACGGAAGUGAAAACGUUUAUCAAAGAGCCCUGCGGGAAGUUCUUGGUCGUGUUCCAGUUCCGGGUGGUGGACGAGAAUGACGUCAACGUGGACAGAGGUGAGGUGGUCACCGCCCUGAAUAGGGAGGACCCCCUGUGGACCUGGGUGAGAAGACUCAACGGUCAGGAGGGGUUCAUGCCGUCUGCGUUCUUGUGCCGGUUUCCAGAGGAUUUGCAGACGAAUAAAGGAGAUCCAAAUACCAAUAGCAGUAACAACCAAGAAGCAGCCCCCAAACCAACAACGAAAUUCCAUGACGUCAGAGAACUGAUCACACUGAGGAACUUUACAGCACAAUCAGCAGACGACAUUUCUGUGGCAGGAGGGGAUCACGUGUUCGCAGAUCUAGCCAAUCAGAUUGAGAAGGACUGGAUCUGGGUGUAUGCUCCAGCGACGGGCAACUAUGGGUACAUCCCUAAAGACAACGUCAAGUGGCCCACUGACUACCCAAAGUUUGAUGAUGUCAAAUCCAACUUGUCUAGACCGCCUUAGAACAAGUCUCUUUUCCUCAACCCCUGUUUCAUCAAUCAUUGUUGAAGUAAUAAACACCACAUCAAUUUUGUUUUAUACUCAAGAGGCUUUUUUUCAAAGAAAGUUUUGCCAAACCACCAUUUUCAAAGAGCGAGAACAAGAACUUCAUUGUGUUCAUACUAUAAUGUAGGCUCCUAUGGUGGCUAGUGUCUGCUUUCUGAAACCAAAGAUAGUACGACGUUGUAAGAUGGUUCACUCUCUCUCUCUAAACAAUAGGUAGUUCUCGACAAUACAUACGCUAUUCUAGACAUGUCGCCUUCGGCAAUGUUAAAACGUUUUGCUUCGUUUCUUAAAUUGAAGUUUCUUUGAUUAUAAAAUUGUUCGAUACCUCUGUCCUUAAAAAUGUAUUUGACGCUUCACAAUAAUAUUAUAAAUACUGCCGCAGGCUUUUUGGGAGAUAUUCUUAUUUUUAAAAAAUAGUAUUUAAAAUUGAGGAGUGACUAUCUUGUCAGGUACAAUGUUUGUUCCAGGACAAUGAAGUAGGUAAAUCUCUUGCUUGGUACAAUUUUUGCAAAAGCCCGUCUUCAUAAUACGUAUUAUGUUAUAUGCCAUUUUUUGUAGUUCGUGAUUGGGGCUAUCUGUUUCGUGGCAUCAGUAGCAUCACUAACUUACGGGUAUGAAAAAUCGUUCCUUUUCAGCCAAGUGGGUCUUGACGGAUACACUCGACUAAAAUACUCUAUUAAUAUUUUAUUCUCCACCCCACCUCAACCACCACAACAUCACCACGAUCAUAUUAUCUGCCGUCAGCAUGGUGAUGUCUUUAAUGACAUAUUAGAGGAAUAUAUUUAUCAUUCUGUUCUUCACAAUUUCGGAUAUAUUUUGCAUGAACUAUACUCGGCGUUCUCCCACUUGAAAAGUUUUUUGCAGAAUACUUUUUAUAGUCAGAGUGACUGACCAAUAUUUGAUUUUUCUCUAUCAACUGUUACACGAAGAGUUAAUAUUAAGUUUUGAACAAGGCCUAGCGUUCAAAAUCAUAUCGUACGAAUCCGGUGAUUUUUUUUCUAUUUUUCUAUUUUUUUUUCUACGUUUGACACUUACUCGUUUCUUUGCAACAUGAUUUUCAUGUUUUUGAUUUUUGUUGAAAACAACGUGUUUUUUUUUAAAAUAAGCCGUUAACGCAGUCAGUUUUAUUGAACAAACUAUGAAUCCAUCCUCGGGGAAAACUAAGAAAUUCCCUAUAAUAAAAAGCCCUAUCAUUCUUGUAAAAAUUACGAUAAAGCCUUGCUCUUUUCUUGAUUUCAACGCAGUUUCAAUGUUUAUCCGUUAGAGCAUAAUAUAUUAAAAAAGGAAAUCAAGGUCUAAAAGGGGAAAAGUACUACUUCCUCAAUGUCUACUCAAUCUACUGCCAUGGCAAAGCUGUGUCAUGUAUACUGCUUUGACUUUAAGAUUAUAAGACAAUAUAAUAUAGCCUAACGCUUGUGGUCGCUUGUUAGAUGCCAGGGUUAGGAUUCCUUUGAAGCCGUCCAAAUUUUUGUUUCAAAUAUAUGACGAUUUGUUCGCGCUUUGGGAACAAACUGAAUUUUAUAUUUUUUUGUUCUUUGUUUAAUGAAAUAUCAGUUUAUGAAUAAAUAUUAUAUUUUGAUGCAAUGAA